GGUAGAUUAGUAGGUGAAAUUUAGUAGUGGACCAAAAUUUAACGAGUUGUAUGUAUUUUUCAUGAAUCUUAACAAAGAAAUGUAUCUGAAUUGUUGUUUUGAUGGACACAAUAUGUUUAAAAUGCCGGGGUUUUUUUUGUAAAUAUAAAAUGAAUGGAACAAAAAUGGCUUCCACAGCAGCAUCGGAGUGUACUCGAGUGGUAGUUAAAGCUGGUCAGGAUUUCGAGGCAGGACUUUUCGCUAUAAAAUGUGUAUUGUCUGGGUACAUUGAAACCCAACAUUUCAACCAAGAACAAUUACUAAGUAGUUACAUGUAAUGGAAAUAUAUCGUGUCUCUUUUGUGUGCUUUGCAUCUAACUACUGAGAUCCAGCCUGCCAUGUUUUCUCGCUGACUCUCAUAUGCUGAUGUAAAGCGUGAGCAAUAAAUAGUCGGAAGCCCGCGGCUGCCAUGUCAGGCUUCUUGGCCAACUCCUACUUUUCCCUUUCCUGUGACGGUACAGCUGAUUAUCUGGCAGCUGCUUAGUGAGAAGCGGCUCUCUCACAUACAGCACUUUACAUUCGGAAGGUUUCAGCUCCAGUCCGGUUCGGGGGACACACAUCCACACACACACACAUACACACACACACGCAUACAAAUGAACACACAACGUGAUGAAGAAGUGGCGGAGUGAAACGCGCCUGCUGGCUUUCCAGGAGAGUCGUGUGCUUCUGCUGUGCGACUCACGGAGCUCAGCGGCGCACUGAGAGAAGCGCAAAGUCUUCCCGCAGUCUUUCUCUAUGAAGUACAGAGCCCCAGACACCGCAACAUGAGAAAACCCAAAAUCAACCGCAUGGCGCUUGCUAUGUGCCUGGGCUCCUUCGUUAUGCUCAUAUUUUACUUUCAAAAUCACUUGAAACCAGCACAGGACAGUGGGCAGGCCCGAGGACCCAGGAAGUCUGUAAGAAGCCCACUCCAAGCUCUUUAUACUACUGACCCUACAGAAUUGUCUCCACUUCAGCUGAUGCAUCAAAGUCGGCGUGACCUCCUGGAGGAUGUGUGCCACUCUUACACUAACAAACGUCGUGUCCUGAUUCCAGAGGACCUUAAGCAUUUGAUCGUGGACGAUCACCACGGUCUGCUUUACUGCUACGUGCCCAAAGUCGCUUGCACGAAUUGGAAGCGCGUCUUGAUGGUCCUGACAGGUGAUACACAAAGAGACCCGCUUCAGAUUCCCGCCAAUGAGGCGCACGUCCCAGGCACCCUACGCACUCUGUCUGAGUACUCUACCUCUGAAAUCAACCAACGUCUACGCACCUACCUAAAGUUUGUGUUUGUGCGUGAACCCUUUGAGCGGCUUGUGUCAGCGUACCGCAACAAGUUCACACGUAGCUACAACACAGCCUUCCAUAAGCGCUACGGCACCAAGAUCAUCCAGCGUCACCGUGCUGAGGCAAGUCCAGAGGCACUGGAGCGUGGAGAUGAUGUCUCGUUCUCAGAGUUUGUUCGCUACCUGGUGGACCCAGGCACACAGCGUGAAGAGCCUUUCAACGAGCACUGGGAGCGGGUUCACUCUCUCUGUCACCCCUGCCUCAUACACUACAACAUUAUAGGGAAGUAUGAAACGCUGCAGCAGGACUCCAGCUAUGUGCUCAAACUGGCCGGUGUGGACGACGAGGUCACGUUUCCCAGUUCAGCCAAAAGCACACGCACCACGGCAGACAUGGUUGCCAGCUACUUUAAGGAUAUCAGCUUGGCCUAUCAGAAAAAGCUGUACAACCUGUACAAGAUGGACUUUCUGCUUUUUAAUUAUUCCAUGCCUGCCUAUCUAAAGUUUACAUAAGGCCUGGUGCCUUGUACUAAUAUUUACAGACAUAAAAAAAAAAGAGUUCUAUUUUUGUUCGCACAAGUUAAUCUGUGAAUACUGAAUGCAGUGGAACUGCAAUUAUCAAUUUGUACGAAUCUCAACUUGAGUGAUCAAGUUAUGAACUUGAGUGAAAGCUUUUUGUUCACUCCAUCAAAAAUGUUAUAUUCGCUUGUCUUUUCAGCAUUUUUUUGCAUUUUAAUUUAACUUUUUAAGGUUGGAUUGAGAGAACACAUUAAAGUAAAAACAUUUGGGUUGCAGAUUCAUGUUGGGCAUUGAUCAGGAUGAUUUCUCAGAGAAGGCCAUGCGCUUUUCUUUCAGAAUGCCAAGUGAACACUGACUUUGCCUUCCCUGGGGUAUGUUUUUGUGGAGAAGAGUUAAGAAACAUACCAUUAAAGAUUGUUGUGAUAAGUGUUUUUCUACAAGAAGUUACCAAUUUUAGCGAUUAUGGACAAAUCAUAGUGCUUUCUGCUUGUGCCUUGAGGGUGAAGAUUUUAAGGCAUCAGAAUCUGCAAGGGUAAGAAAGAAAGUCUGUUUGACAAAACAGUAUUGGAAACAUGCUAUAUUCACAGAGAUAAAAAGCAUGAGAAGUUAUUUAUAAACUCAAAUAAAGCAGAAAAUCUGACCUCUGUUUGCCCACUCUUGGGAUGGAAA